AUGAAUCCAGGUUCAAAAUUGAAGGUAAUGAUGGGAGAGCCAGAGCUAUCAGGAAAGCUAGGAAAAGGUCCAAGGAAGAAAAUACAAUCGAGAGAACCAAAUGGCAACGUAAACCAAAAUCAAUACGUGAACACUCUGUUUCAGAAAUUUCAUGCCUUGGUUCCAAAAUUCAUUACGGAAACAGAACAGGCACUUCAUAUUCCUAGAAGACAAUCUCAAAGUCCGGAUCUCAACUACAUUAGACACCUCUGGUGGGCUUUCGAGAGACAAAUGAGUGAUGAGAAGACCAGUACCAACAACAUUGGUGAUUUGGAGGUUGUGAUGCGACAAGAGUAG